GCUUCUGUGAGCAGAAGUAGUUCUGGUCGUCAUCUACCGUCUCGCUAUAGCCAUUUGAGGGAAGAAAGAGGAAAAUUAUCUGGUAUCGUUAGAGCUACACCGAAAUUCCAUUGAGCUGAUCUUGCCACCAAAAGCCCAACAGACACCAUGAUGCUAGGCACAGAAGGCAGGGAGGGGUUCGUGGUGAAGAUCAGGGGCCUACCCUGGUCCUGCUCAGCCGAUGAAGUGAUGCGCUUCUUCUCUGAUUGCAAAAUCCAAUCAGGUAUUCGUUUCAUCUACACCAGAGAAGGCAGACCAAGUGGAGAAGCAUUUGUUGAACUUGAAUCCGAACAUGAAGUGAAGCUGGCUUUGAGGAAGGACAGAGAAACCAUGGGACACAGCUAUGCUGAAGUAUUCAAGUCCAACAGUGUUGAAAUGGAUUGGGUGUUGAAGCAUACAGGUCCGAAAAGUCCUGAUGCUGCCAAUGACGGCUUCGUCCGGCUUAGAGGACUCCCAUUUGGCUGUAGCAAGGAAGAGAUUGUUCAGUUCUUUUCAGGGUUGGAAAUUGUGCCAAAUGGGAUGACACUGCCAGUGGAUUUUCAGGGGCGGAGCACAGGGGAGGCCUUUGUGCAGUUUGCUUCCCAGGAGAUAGCCGAAAAGGCCUUAAAGAAACACAAGGAAAGAAUAGUGCACAGGUACAUUGAGAUCUUCAAGAGUAGCCGAGCUGAAGUCCGACCCCACUACGACCCACCUCGAAAGCUCAUGGCUAUGCAGCGGCCAGGUCCCUAUGAUAGGCCGGGGGCUGGCAGAGGGUAUAAUAGCAUUGGCAGAGGGGCUGGGUUUGAAAGGAUGAGGCGUGGUGCCAAUGGUGGAGGGUAUGGAGGCUAUGAGGAUUAUGGUGGCUAUAAUGAUGGAUAUGGCUUUGGAUCUGAUCGAUUAGGAAGAGACCUCAAUUACUGUUUUUCAAGAAUGUCUGAUCAUAGAUAUGGAGAUGGUGGUCAGAGCACCACAGGGCACUGUGUGUACAUGGGGGGAUUACCUUACAGAGCCACCCAGAGUGAUAUUUACAAUUUUUUCUUGCCUUUUAACCCCAUGAGAGUACACAUUGAAAUUGGGCCUGAUGGCAGAGUUACUGGUGAGGCAGAUGUUGAAUUUGCUACUCAUGAAGAUGCCGUGGCAGCUAUGGCAAAAGACAAAGCUAACAUGCAACACAGAUAUGUGGAGCUCUUCUUGAAUUCUACCGCAGGCACAAACAGGGGAGCUUAUGAUCACAGCUAUGUAGAGCUCUUUUUGAAUUCUACAACAGGGGCUAGUGGUGGUGCUUAUGGUAGCCAAAUGAUGGGAGGGAUGGGUAUAUCCAACCAGUCUAGUUACGGGGGUCCUGCUAGCCAGCAGCUGAGUGGUGGCUACGGAGGUGGCUAUGGUGGUCAGAGCAGCAUGAGUGGAUAUGACCAAGUUCUGCAGGAGAACUCCAGUGACUAUCAGUCCAACCUCGCUUAAGAGAGAAAGAGCAAUAAACAACUGCAACAGA